GUUGGGUCGGUUAUAUCAACGGAUCUAGGGGUUUUAAGAAGCGUCUAAGUUCUUUAUAUUUCCUAGAUCCUAGAUCGACCCAGGGAUCGGCUUCGUGUUGUCGGUUUAAGAGACCACAAAACAACAGUCUUUUUUGAACUCUACAUAAGUACACAGAGGCUUAACUUGCGUAACUACUAAAGUUUUGAAUUUUCCUGGAAAAUUCAAGGAAGUUGCUUAUUGAAUACCUUCUUCUGAAAGCACUUUUGGGUAGUGGGUUUAUAAGUAGGUGCUGCUUUGCUUCAACUGCCUAACUGAUGUAAUUAGUUUUAACUUUUGAUCUGCCUGAUCAUUUGCAAAUCCUUUAAUGGAGUCAAACGAUACAAAGCAGUCAUUGCUCUCAGGAUUAGUAGAUCCUACAUCUCCAAAAAGUAAAGAAAAUGCUUCCAAGACAAGACGAUAUCGUCAUUGUAAAAGUGCUCCUCUAGCUGAUAUUCUUCCUGCAGAAAUUGGCUUGAACUCCCUUCCACGCUUUGAAUCCCUUUUUGGGAAACCCCAUCCACAUUAUUUAAGGUUGGCUGCAUACCUGAGUGUGUACCUCAGUGCAGGCACCGUCUGCUUCUACAGCAUGCAGAGCCAAAUCAAGGGAAAGAAAACAAAUGGAAUCGUAGAUUCUGUUUAUUUCUGCAUUGUGACGAUGACCACUGUUGGAUAUGGAGACCUUGUGCCUGAUAGUGUCCUUUCAAAGCUACUCGCCUGUGCCUUUGUCUUUGUAGGGAUGGCUGUGGGAGGUCUAAUACUCAGCAAAGCAGCAGACUAUUUGGUUGAGAAGCAGGAAAUCUUGCUGAUUAAGGCCCUGCAUAUACGUCAUAAACUUGGUCCUAUGGAUAUGCUAAAGGAGGUUGAAAUCAACGGAGUGAGGUACAAAUGUAUCCUGUUUGUUAUCAUCAUAUUGGUGCUCAUCAUCGUUGGGACAGUCUUCCUCAUCUUAGUUGAGGAAUUAGACUUCAUUGAUUCUUUCUACUGUAUUUGUUCUACCAUCACAACUUUAGGUUAUGGUGACAAGAGCUUCUCAACUACAGGGGGCCGUGUUUUUGGAAUAUUUUGGAUCCUCACUAGUACCAUAUCGUUAGGUCAAUUUUACCUCCACCUUGCUCAGCUAAACACUGAAAAGAGACAAAUGAAACUGGUCAACUGGGUUCUUAGUCAACAAAUAACUUCCGUAGAUUUGGAGGCAGCCGAUCUUGAUGGUGAUGGUGAUGUUAGUGCAGCGGAGUUCAUUGUAUAUAAACUUAGAGAGAUGGGGAAGAUUUGCCAAGAAGACAUUUCACUACUAUUGAAGGAGUUUGAGGAUCUUGAUGUUGAUCAAUCUGGAACUUUGUCAACGUCUGAUAUAAUUCUUGCACAAAAUACACAAACCAAGAGCUGAAUUUGAUCCUCUUGUAACAUAAACCAGUGUCAACUUCUUAUUGUCAAUGUAUCAUGGUUAUGGUUGUACUUGUUGCUUCUGAGUUCUCCUUGGAACUUUGUAAUAAUAAUCGGUGUCCUUCUUCUGAGGAAAUAAAUUGAAGGUCUUUCUAAA